AUGGACCUUCUUCAAAAACACAUCUCCACCAGUAACAACCAUUCAUAUGAAAACAUCACGAAUCAUGCACAAACAAAGAAAACAACAAAUAGAAACUAUUCGGAUGGAAUAUUACUGGGAAAAUCAAACAACGUUAUUCAUCAUCAUCCAGCAAGAGGAAAAUCACACUCUGAGGAAUCUGAAAUUGCUUCCGAAUCGUUGGAUGAUGCAUCCGAAGAUCAUCAAAAUAUGUCCAAGUUGAACGAAAGCUAUCGCGAAUUAGCGAACUCUUACAAAAUACCUGGUAUUGACAUUAGCGCAACGAAGAUAUCGCUUCCCAAUAUCAGCAACAUUGAGGGAGUUUAUGGUAAUGAAAUAUCCAUGUUGUUUGGCCAAAAGAAAGCCUCUCAAAAAGGUGUCAUCAAAGUUGUGGCAAGAGUAAGACCACUCAACAAGUCAAGUUAUCUAGUGUCCGACGAAAACAAAAUUUUAGAAAUUGGGGAAGAUCGAAAAAGUAUUUUAAUUGGAAAGCAUUUAGGCAAAACCUCAAAUGAUGAUUUCCAAUCAACAAAUUUUCAAUUUACUUUUGAUAGAAUUUUUGAUGAAUAUGCCAAUCAAGAGUUGUUCUAUCAUAGUUGUGGAUAUCCAUUGUUCAAAAGUUUUGCUAGUGGUGUAAAUAGUUCUGUAAUUUUAUAUGGUCAAACAAGGUCUGGAAAGAGUUACACUUUAGAAGGUCUUCUUGAUGAAGAGAGAAGAGGAUUAAUUCCAAGAUUUGUUGAGGACACAUUCAAAUUUAUGAAUACCUAUAAUCAAGGACAAGGUGCUUUGAAUGCCAAGUUUGUCUUUUCAAUUUCCUACCUUCAAGUUUAUAAUGAUGUGGUGACAGAUUUGCUUUCAAGUCAACAAAAAAAUUUAAAAAUUGUUGAAGACAAGAGCAAGACAGAUGGCAGGACAUGCACAUCGGUUGUUGGUCUUCGGAAACAACAAUUUAAAGACCCCAAAGAUAUUUACACAAUUUUAAAAUAUGCAAAACAAAACAGAACUGCUCUCCCAUCGGGAUUGAAACCACCAGACCUUCACGCAAGAAGUCACACCAUUCUUUCUCUUCAUCUCGAACAAACAUGGCCACAAUUAAUUUCAGCCACGACGUCCUCAAUUGAUGUUCAGACACACAAUAUUUGCAGUCAAAUCAGUUUUGUGGAAUUGGCAGGUUCGGAAAAAGCAAGAGAUUUUUCUCAACUCUUAUCUUCCAGUGGUGCAGUGUCCAAUGAGGAAGGAUCAAAAAUAGCAAGAACAUUCAAUGCUUUAUCCUCUGUGAUAACCUCCUUAGGAAAAACAAUUCAAAACAACAACAUGACAGAGACAUCGGUUCAAGAGGCCAUCGAAUAUAGUACCCUAAAUCUUAGUGUCAACACAACGACCAUCAACAAACCUCAUAUACCUUAUCGAGAUUCCAAGUUGACCCAUAUUUUAAGAGACACAUUGAGAGAGGAUGCUAUUACUUUGAUUGUCUCAUGUCUUUACCCCAUUCCUGAAAAUUACAGUGAGAUGUUAAUGACUGCAAAAUAUAGCUCUAGACUAAAACAAAGCGUUUCUUCAAUGAGCUCAUGUGAACAUGCUGUGCCAUCUUCUCCCACCAAAGAGCAUGUCAGCUCUCCGAUAAAACCAAAACUCAAUACUUCCGAAUCAUAUGAAGGAACACCAAGAAAGGUUUCAUUUGGAGAAACGGACGAGGAACCACGCAAAGAUACCACUCCAGCAUUUCCAAAACAAACAACAAAUUCAUUCAUAGCAGAUACUAGUAUCAAGAUGGAUCAUCAACCACCAUCUCUAAAACAACGAUAUCUAGAUGAGAAAGAACGACUUUUAAAAGAAAAUGAAGAGCUUAGAAACAUUGUUAACAUUGAUUCAAUGACAAGAAGAAACGUGCAAAAGAAUUUAGAACAUUUGGAAAAAGAAAUGUCUCGUGCCGAUGAGGAAAGAAAAGCUCUUCGAGAGAGAGUCACUGAAUUGACUCAAAAAGCAAAAGAGUAUGCAGACAAGAAUACAUCUUUACAAGAGACACUUGUAACUGCAAAACAACAAGUUGAAAAUCUUAUGAAACUAAAAGAAACGAUGGAAGAAGAACUAGAUCGUAAUCGAGAGUAUAUUAGUCAGCUAUCCAUCGAAAAUUCAAAACUGAAUGAGCAACUCAUUAAUCAGGCGGUAGAUCAUGAAACUACAAUAUCCAAAUCAGCAAGAAGUCAAAUGGAUAUCUUGGAAAAGGAAAAUUAUCAGUUGAAACAAGACAUACUGAGACUGCACAAAACAAAUGCAUUGAAUGAAUCAAAGGCAAUAACAGACCUUGAAAACUCGAUCAACAAUUUAUCAGAAGAAUUACAACAAGAAAAAUCUCAAAAUCGUUCUUUAUCCAAUGAGCUUUUGGAAUCAAAGCAAAUAAUAGAGGAACUAAGAGUCAUGUUAAAAAAUCUCGAGCAAGAAAAGGAUCAAAUGAUUGGUAUGGUGGAUUUAUUGAAUGAAGAAAAACUCAAAUCUGGUGAAGAGUAUCACAACCAACUGAGUGAGCUUCAAUCAGUAAUUAAGGAACAAGAGAAAUCCAUUGAAAGAAAAGUCACUGAAAUUACAAGAACUAAGGAAAUGAUCAAAAAUUUAAAUCUUGAAAUUGACAAGAUGAAAGAUUUGGUCUCAAGUCUUACCGAUGAAAAACAACAAAUAGAAGCCAAAGCCAUACAAGAAAGAAAUGACCAAAAAGUCCAAAUGGAAAAAUUGAUGAGAGAAAACCAUGAGUUGAAACACCAACUCGAUUUAUCCAAAAAAGAAUUACACUCGACUUUGCAAGAUGUACAGCGAAUGGAAAAUCAAAUGAAGGUGAUUCCAACUCUAGAGACAGAAUUAAUCAAAAAGGAAGAGACCAUUAAGGUGCUUCAAAGAGAGGUUGAGUUUGGAAAGAAUUUGUCUGACAAAACAGUGCAUGAGCUUAAAGAAAGUGUAAAGAAGGAACUCUCUUCAAAAUCAGAACUCAUUUCCAAACUGAAUACAAUUUCAAAUGAAAAACUCGAAUUGGAAAUGAUGGUCAACAAACUUCAAUCUCAAAAUAAUAUUAUUCUUAAGGAAAAUGAAGAACAAUCCAUCAAAUUGAAAGACUUGGCUGAAGAGUUGAUGCAAAUGACGAUUGAAAAGAAUCGACUGGAGUCCGAUUACAAAACCUCGAAUACAAGGUUAAGAGAUCAAUUAUUUGACUCAAAGAAACAAUACGAAACAGAUACUCACCAUUUCAAGGAGCAAAUUAAAGCUCUAGAGUCUAAAAUAAGUUCACUGAAAGAAUACAACAAUAGUAGGAAUGUUCAACUUGAAGAGACUCUUCUGACCAAGAAGAAGAUUGAAGAACAAUUAUUAGCUAUCCAAAAGAGGUAUGGAGUAUUUGAUACCCAACUAGGAAGUACAGCUUUAGAGAGUGAGUUGGAGAAACGAGUCGAAACACAUUUAAGACUCUCUCAACUCGAGAAAUUACUUGCUCAGAAAGAAUCUGAUCUUGAAAUCUCUAUAUCUGAAUCUCAACAAAAGACGUUGGAGAAUGACAAGUUAAAGAAAGAAAUGAAUGAACAUCGGAUUGAAAUUCAAACUUUAAAAAACAAACUCGAAGAGAUGGAAUAUUCACUUACUUCACUCAAAUCGAAUCUGGAACAUUGCAUCGAUGAAAGGAAAAGAUUGAGAGAAGAGAAUCAAUCCUUAUUGUCAAAUAGUAGCAAGAAAGAAGAUGUCAUUCGAAAACUACGACAAGACCUACAAGUAUUAUCGAUGGAAAAAGAAUCUAUUCUUACAGAAAAGGAGAAUUUACAGUCAGUUCUAAAGAGAACUCUUGAAUCUGGAUGCUCUACUCAGGACGAUCUUUCUCAGGCAAAAUUCGAAAUGAUGGAAUUGAGAAGAGAAAGGGAUGAUAUGGAAAUUAAACUCUUAGGAUGUGAAAAGAACAUUUCCAGUCUCGAAGAAGAGUUAAAACAUAAGGAAUUGUUGAUUUCAGAGUUGAGAAAUAAUAGUGAACUAGUACGAAAGGAAAAUAUGAUCAGCAAAUUAGAAGAAAACUUGAGAAAACAAGCUGAAGAGAAUAGAUUGAACCAAGUAGAGACGAUCAAAUUGAAAUCAGAACUCAUUACUACAAAAGAAAACAUGAAAUCAGAAGUGUCAGACAUGGAGACUAAGGUCAAUCAAUUCAAGAGGUUAUACAGUGAAACUUUGACAGAGCUUGAGAAUUCCAGAAAAGAAUUCGCUAUUCUUUAUGAAGAAAAUCAACAUUUGAAAGAAGAAUUUGACUCUCUCAAGAACGACCUUAGUGAAAAGGUCAUCAUGUUAAAAAGAGCUCAAGAGUUAUCAUGCUCGACAGAAGAAGCAUUAACUGAAAAAACAAAUCACAUCGAUACAUUGGUACAAACAAUCGAAAGUUGUGAAAAGAAGUUAAGAGAGUACAUUGACAAAAACGCAAUUCUACAAAAUACAAUAGAUCACCUUGAGAAACAAAUUAGUAGAUAUCAGGAAGAUGUUUCAAACUCAAAAGAAGAUUUACAACGAAAGAUUGAGGAGUAUAAUCAUCUAGCACUACGAUCAAAACUACAAGAAGUUGAAUUGGAAAAUCUUAAAAAGAAAAUAGAAACCACGAAUGAACGCAUUGAACAAUUGGAAAAGGAGAAAAAAGAAAUCUUGAUGGAGAAAGAGUCAAUUUGUAAAUCGUAUGAACAAUCUCAACAAGAACUCAUUUCAAUACAGCAAAAUCUAUCGGAAAUGAAUAAGCAGAUGUUAGAGUAUAAAGAGCAAUCAAAAGAAAUGGCCGAGCACAUUCAAAAGGACCAAGAUGAACGAGAAAUAUUUAUUGCAAGAAUGAAGAGAUUUGAGAGAACCAUUCAUUCUCUAACCUCUGAGAAAGAAGCGAUUGAAAAACAGCUGCAGUCACAAGUGAGUCAAAUCACAGAAAAGACCUCCAUGUUGGAUUAUCAUGAACAGCGAUUGAGGCAAACAACGGAAGAACUUGAAAGAUUACAAUCUGAAAAUAAUUCAAUCCGAAUGGUGAACAGUGACUUGAAAGGACAAGUUGUAAAACUGAACGAAGAAAAACGAAAAUUCAUCAGAACAAUUACUGAAUACGAAACUGAGCUGGACAGAGUUAAAAAAGCACACGACAAAACAAGCAAAGAACUCAAAGAGUUGCUUUCUGACUUUGUUUUCCACAACAAGUAA